AUGGUUCUUUGGGGAAGACUUGAAGAAGAAGAAGAAGAAGAAGAAGAAGUGGAAGUGGAAGAAGAAGUGGAAGUGGAAGUGGAAGAAGAAGAAGAGCUUUGGAGCUUAAAUGUUCCAUCAUUGUGGCAUCAUAAUUUCACCACUAUCGUGCGUAGUCGUCGUGUGCAGUUUUCUCGUACUAAAAUAGGCGGUCGUUUGAUGGAUCACCAAUCUUCCGAGAAUUGGUUGCCUACAAAAGCAAUUAAGAUUAGAAAGAAACAAACACCAGAUGAGUGCAGCAGGGCAUUCCAUUUGCUCGUUCGCACUCGCUCACGUGAUUCAUCUUCCAGCUCCGUACGUUGGAGAGUCCUGGGCUUAUUCAUAGGUCACAGCAAUUGCCCUAUGACGGUUUCGCUUCGCUAUUUCAGGAAAGCGUAUGGACAUGUUAUGUCCGAUAGAGUUGCAGAACUAUAUACGUUCUGGUACCGGCCUAGGUUAUGCGUACCUGAAAGUAUAGAUGAUUCGAGCGAUUUAGAGCACCAUAACAGGGAUUUUCCUCCUUUUGCCGAUAUUUGCACAAACCGGACGUGCUCGGCGCCGUGGACAUGCUAG